CUUGAAUCGACGGGUUCCAGUUGCCAAGUCGGUUGCGACGAGAGAGCGAGGAUGGAAGACUUGUGAAGCCAGAAGUGGCAGCGGCCAGCGACCAGCGGUAGUGCCAGUCAGUGAGCGUCAGUCAAGGAGGUCGGCCAGGGACAUGGACGGAGCGCGGCUGUGACCGGCGUGAGAGAAGGAGCAAGAGUGGAUGACACUUCACGCAGAAGUGGCAGGCGGAGGAGGAGGCCAGCGGCUGUCGAAGCAGAUUCAAGGUUGAGACUCAGCCCUCAGAGCGGGAAAGCAGACACUUUACUUUGACGGAAAGCAAACCCCAGAUUGUGGACAGAUGGUUAAAAUGCCUCAGCGUCAGCGGCACAACACGGGCGGGGGCGCAGGCGGGGCUGAGCUGCCCCUGCUGGACCCCGGCGUGAUCGAGGCGCACAACGCCGUCACCACCACCCGUUGUUGCGUGCCCCUCUCAUACGGGUGUCUCCGAGGCUACGAGCCUAUCAACCUCGAUUCCCCGACCGGGUGUGUACGUGUGCACUGUAACAACGAGCACUGUACGCUGGGCAACCUCAUGCACGGCGAAUGCUUCUCUGCGUGGGAGGCGCACGUGCUGGCCUUCCUCAGGUCGUGCGGCCGUGCGCGCUCCUGGUCAGAGAAGCAGCGCCUACAAAACUUAUGGACCAAGCGUGGCUACGACCUGGCCUACCGGGCGUGCACGUGCCUCUGUAGCCGCGGACACCUGCGGAAAGACCUGGACUGGAUGCCGCCAUCCGAGUCCGACGACGACAACAAAACCAAGAAGAAAAAGAAGAACCGCCAGAACCAAAAACCAGCGUUGGUAACAGUGGGCAACGGUGCCCUUAAUAACAAUACCAAUAACGCCAACAAUAACAACAAUAACACCGUGAUGCUGAGCACUCUGAGCUCCACCCCGGGCAGCGAGGUGUCCGGACAGCCGUGCCAGCGUCACCGUAACAAUUCUAUUUCGUCCACCGGGUCGUCGCCGCCCUCGGAUGCGCCCACCAGCCCGCACCACACGGCCGCCCCCGGCAAGCGCCGCUCCAGAGACUUCUUCUCCGACAGAAGCAGGCACGGCUCGGGCGGCAGCAUGUUUGCUCGGCGGGCAGACUUCAGCAGCUUCAACGUGCUGCCCAGACACAAGAUCAACUCGUACCACAUCAAGAUGGAGGAUGAUGGACUUCACGGCAACGACGACACCCGCUGCUUCAUCCUGUCCACCCUGGCGGCACAGCGCACCAGCAGGACGGCGUGUGUGCUGUGCCACCAGCCCCUCCUUGUGUUCGACCGCUACCCUCUGCUCGAUGGGACCUUCUUCCUUACGCCCAUCCAGCACGCUAAAUCAGCCAUCCCCGUGCGGGUGGAGGGUCGGCAGCAGUACUUAGCGGCGGUGUGCAUGGGUUGCCUCGAGGGGUGGUCGGUAGGGCUCCGCUGCGCCUAUUGCAACACGCGGUGGAACGGCUCCGCCCUCAUCCUCGGCACCAUGUACUCCUUCGACAUCUUCGCCGCCAUGCCCUGCUGCGAGGGGCGACUAAAGUGCAGUAAAUGUGACUCCGUGGUGAUCCCUCCAGACCAGAGACUCAGCUUCUUCAGUGACUACAGUAGGACUCACGCCUGUCCCUCCUGCGGCCACCUCGACCACCACUUCGUCAAGCCGCUGAGUUCCUUCAUCAGAGAAGACAAGCAGACGUGGUAGUCCCGUCGCCCUCCCGCCGUUCUGGGCCUCUCAGCUCAGGGAGGACAGGAGCGCGACGUCGACUCUUCCACGCCACUCCACCACCACCACCACAACAAUAAGGUAACCCUCAAGUGUCGCCGGAGAAGAGUAGUGUAUAGUGAACUAAGAGGCAUCAAGAGGCAUCACGAGGAGGAGACGGAAGCUGAGAGAAAAAGAGAACGGAGAGGCAAGAAGAGUUGAGACUAGGAAGGACGAUGAUAAAGUUUUUUUUUCUUUGGCGGUGCUUCUUGACAACACCUCGAAGGACAUGAAAGACUGAGGGCUCCCCAAGCUCUGACGAAGAAGGUGAAAAGCAGGUGGAAGAGGAAAAGGAGUAUAAAGAGCAGUAGCAGAGGAGGAAAGGUGGAGUAGAAGGAGGCAAGAAAAUCGGAGCAAGUUUACCGAGACUGGAAAGAACUUGGACGCUCCGUUAACUCUGCUUGAGACGCAAAAACACCAACGUCUAUCAGUCAAGAGGAAGAAGAAGCGGAGGAGGAGGAGCAAGUCGAAGGUUGCGGAGCGUCAGUCCAGCGUCCCCAUCACCACCUCGCGGGGACCAGGUGAAUCUAAAAAGCAGGUAUGCAACGAAAAUGAGACGAGGCACCGCCAGUACCGCCUCGGAAACAAAUCUAAAAGUGAACCCCAAGUCCACGCUGUAGAUCUGCUUCAAAAUAACCCCAAAAGUCAACCUCGUCCGCCAAUGUGUACCAACAUGCAAUCAUGAGUGGCGUCUCGGCUGUCCAGUGAUUCUUGGGGACGAUGAGGAAGGGGAGCAAAGAGUCCGUCGGGGAAUUCAGUCAGUGCGAGAAGACAGAGAAAUACAAAGCAACAAACAGAUGCAAAAUAAAAACAACAACUAGCAAUGAGUGGCAAACUCAUACAAAAACGGGGAAGAAAACUUUGGAAUAUAAAACAUUUGUGUUUUCCUCAUUUUCAUGAAUUUGUUUGUCGAAAGAUAUCCACCGGAACAGUGGAUGGGUGUAAAUAACUAGACAUUAGCUGUAUUCUAAUUGUGUGACCUCUUGUGCUAUCGCCGUAAGUUCCGAAUUUCGAUGUUCAGCGUAGUCAUAGGCAGAGUCCUUGUUGACAGACAGACACUCAUCCCCGCUGUGAAAAAAGUAAUAUAUACAUACAUAUAUAUAUACAAAUAUUCUUCAAAGCAAUGCGAGGAGGAGGGAAAAUAACAAAUCCGAAGAAGCAAGGCGGAAACUGAACCUAAGUAAAGUGUGUUGGGUGAGUGGAGCUCCUGAGACACUUUGUGCUGGUGAGAAGAAGAAGCAGAGAAAACACGGAUGACACAGACCUAGAAACUGUCGCAAGGGACUAAAUCUGUCAAGGACGAACUGUUGGGGACAAGCGGAAGUUGUUUGUGAGAGAAAUGCUUUGACUAACGGCCGAUCACCCGCCGUUAGAAUAGUGUUAAGCGAGGAGGAGAGUAAGAUGUCGUAACGGAUGACGAGACAGAGACGGAGGCGGAGCAGCAGCCAUAAACACACCUCUCAGCAGCGGGUGGAAGGAGGCCGAGAGGAGGAGGAGGAGGAGGAGCGUGUGAGGUGCGAGGCAGCAAAGACAACAACUCCACUUUAAGUUUGUGGCCAAAAUACGAUCUUGGAGGCGACGAAGACUGGUGCACGCAACACCGAACAUCACCACCACCACCACCACUAGUCACCACCACAAACAACAACAAAUGAUGGUGAAGAAUGACAACACCAAGGGAGUUGUGGAAGGAGGAGGUGAAGGAGGAGUUGAGAUGGAGACUGAAGCAAAAGACGGCAAGGGUUGUUGUCACCAUCCGGGACACUCCAGCACCGCCCCGCAGCACCGUCCACACGCCGCCCCGCCCACGCCCCCUCCGGCCCCAUCUGCGUGGUCCACCCGUGUCCUGUGGGUUGCUGUUGGCCCCUCCACCGCCCCGGACCACCUGGGUACCGCCGGUCCAUGAGGCUCACGUGUAGCGGCACCCGGGCGGCUGUCCCCACGAAGGAUAUGCCUGUAAGUUAGUUCAAUGUGCACUCUUUUCUUUGUACCGUAGCUCCUGCUGAGACGACAGUGAAUCUGCUUGUAUUUAGGAAUGAAACAUAAGGACAAACUUUUUACUAAGAGCUCUCCGUACUGGGUGUGUAAGGUUUUAUACUUGUAGCUUGUAAACUUGUGUCGUGGGAAGUUUCUGUUCGCCCAGCCCCGCCUCGCCUCGCAAGCAAAAACUAUAAUUGGAUUUCUUUUCACCCGCCUUGUUCGCGGAGGUAAUUGUGUUCCGAGGCCCCGCGGCGAGGCUCGCGGCUGGGGCGUGUGGAAGCCUCCUCACAGCCACUCCCGUUAAUGCAGAAUAGCUGGCACGCGCUGCCAAAGAAGUCGGGUGAGGAAGGUGACGGUCGAGCCUCAGUCAGUCACAUGAGUACCUUUGAGAACCAGUCAUCACGGAGUGUUUGGCACUGCCCGAGAGUCGUGUCGCACGGCUCCCAGAAGAAUCGGUCAGCAGCAAAAGUAAAGCUGAAAAGAAAAUGAGCGAGUCACUUGCGUCGCGAGCAAUAUGAACCACUGAACCACCAAUAAGUGUAUAAGUAUCUAUGUCUAGGGCUUAACGUUGUAAGUAAGGUAGAUGUAACAUUAACUCAGUCAUAAGAUAAGGUUCAACACAUCGGUCGAUAUAGUUUUUGAAAACGCGCGAGGACGAAGCGGACCCCUGCGGGCAGCGGGCGGGUGUCGGGCGCCAGACACUCGCCCUGGGGUCACGCCGGGCCUGGAGGUCACUGGGGGAGGACGGCCGCCGCGCCUCCCACCACACCUCGAGGCCUCCCGCUGGCUGCGGAGUCCUGAUGAAAGCUAUAGUCGGUCGGCGCGGCAGGUAGUGAAACUGCCUGCUGAGGACAAACAUGGAGCGUCCCUAAACAACCACUAGUGUAUAUACCCAUCUGAGUCGAUAGCAAAGCAGAACCUGUUUGUCACCUUGCGUGAACUUGCCGUUGAUUGUUGCUCCAAGCUGGCGAAGGUCACUGGGGCUCGAAGGAUGACCUGACUGACGGUUACGCUGACUCUAUAAAGGCACGAACCCAGUGACUCAUUCGUACCUAAGCUUGCAUGACUCUAGUGACGUAACGCCAGCGUCCGUGGCCGCUAAGGUCGCUGGACGCGGACGGAAGACAGUGGUUCCUCUCAAGACGCCAGACGACCUCGCCCCCUCUUUCCAUCUGACACCUGACUUCUUCGCGGUGACUCCAGUCGUUGUGUGCAUUGCUAGGAUAAGCUAUUUGGGACCUGAUACUUGUGACUAAACCAGCGAUUAUCAGUAUCCAUGUAGGGUCACGGCCCUCACCUCACAUGAUCCGCCCCGAGAACAGGAAAUGGAGAUGGAAGACAAGAAGACGGAGGGAGGGAGAGAAGGAGGAGGAGGAGUCAGACAGGAGCGUGGACAGCUGUGUGAUAACGUUGGUGCUCCUUGCGGGUGGUGUUCCCUCAAGGCUAAGAGUUUCCUAUUAGUUUGUAAUUCAGCUACAAUCAAAAUUACAUUCCCUUAGAUCAGCCUCACAUCCCCACCCUGCCUGUCCCCGCCCUUCACCACUGUUGAUCUCACGCUUUCAGUGACAACAUAACCCUUGAUUGUUAUUAUUGGCACUCAUUGCUACCAAAAGACAAACUGCGUUCUCUUCAUUAUGGUGAGUUUGUCCCUACCCAGCCCCAGAACCCUUGCACCUUCCACCCCACCCACCACCCCGAACCCUUGCGCCCUCCUCCCCCCCAGCAGGAACGCUUUGCAUGACGCCCCUCACCCCUGUUCCUUGACGCGACGCCCUGUCCCUGUCCACGGCCGAUCCUGUCUCUCGAAUCCUGCCACGGCCCUCCUCCCGCCCCUUCCAACACACAUCUGUCCCGCGCGCCUCACUCUUGCUGAAAGACUUACAUCAACACAAGAUACAUGGCGGAAGAUAUUAGGCCAAAAUUUCAUGUUCAACUUUUCCCUACAUAUGGCAUUCAAACAAAGAAUCGAGGGUUUGGAGGCUCGGCAACGCUCGGGCGCGGAUACUGUGAGGUGAAGAACAAGGAGGCGAACACCUGCACACCUGCCCGAGGGUUCUGCGAGGCGUUGGGAGCAGCAGAGCGCGGGAGGGCGGUGUAUAGCGACGCUGGUACCUGUUGAGACACCCUUCAGGGUAGAAAGUUUCCUGUUUAGACUCGUUGAAAUUGUUGAAUGGAUUAUUUUGUUUGUUCACUGUUGGUAACUUAAGGUUCAUGACGCUGUGCGGGUGUCAGCGAAGGGCAGCGUGGCGGUGCUCGCCUCCUCGGGUCGUCAGCUGUGUUGUGUCGCGGCGCAAGGACCGGCGCAGACCCCCUAGCACCUCCUCUCAUAAGGGCGACAAUCCUGGUCAGACUUAGGAUUCCCGGCCUUCAGGUGCAUGUGGGUGCCAGGCGGCGUCUGAUCCCGUCCUUCUUGCAGCUUGUAACUUUAUUGGCUCAAUUGUGAAUAUCAGAUAAGUUUUACAUACGUUGGUAGUUUUUGGACCAAGGUAACUGAGAAAAAUUUCCUUGUUUGCUUGGCUCAAUUUGAUCAUUUUCUUGUUAUAAAUUAAAAGACUUUCUUCGAAUUAGACUGUGCCUUGCUAUAGUUAAAAAGAAACAAAAAAAACUUUUGUGUUGCUUCUUCUUCUUCUUAUUUUCAGCAAAUUGGCAACAUUUGUAAUCUCACUCUGGUGAAAUCUAGAAAAUAAAUUUACUUUUGUACCCCCAAUUGGCUUUUGGUGUUUCUUAAAUUCCAAUUUGGUUAUUUUUGGAGCAGAUCAGUUUAGUCGCCUUGAGGAAAGACUUGACUCUGAGAAUGUCCGAGGCUGGCGCUGUUCCUAGUGACGAGAGAGAGAGAGAGAGAGAGAGAGAGAGAGAGAGAGAGAGAGAGAGAGAGAGAGAGAGAGAGAGAGAGAGAGCAUAAUGACAAACAACUGAAAUUUGGGUUCGGAAAAGAAUGGUAAGAAGCGAAUGAAAGUGUGUGUAAAUAAAAAAAAAAGAAAACACUGAAUGAGAGAUAAACAAAAAGCAUAGAGUGACGCAGUACAGCAGCCUUCAUGCAGUGCGCACCACCACACACAAAAAAAAUCCAUCAUGUCCCUCAAAAAACUAAAAAUGCUAAAUAACCAAAAUUCUCCAAUCCAGGUCAGCAUGAAAAAAAAAAAAAUCACAGCAGAAUGACAAAAUUAAAAACCAAAAUCACCAAAAUUCUGCACAAUCCAGGUCAGCAUGCAAAAAAAAAAUAAAUAAAUAAAAUCCCAGCAGAAUGACAAAACUAAAAAUGCUAAAUAACCAAAAUUCUCCAAUUCAGGUCAGCAUGAAAAAAAAAAAAUCCCAGCAGAAUGACAAAAUUAAAAACCAAAAUCACCCAAAAUUCUGCACAAUCCAGGUCAGCAUGCAAAAAAAUAAAAAUAAAAAUAAAAUCCCAGCAGAAUGACAAUUAAAAAGCAAAAUCACCAAAAUUCUGCACAAUCCAGGUCAGCAUGCACAAAAAAAACGGACAAAAUUAUGAUUGGCCACCACGGGACAGAACACGUGAUGCCUCCACACACGCGUUCUGUGCUCCCAUCUCCCCCCUUGAAGUGUUGUGUGUUGUGGUCCGUACAGGAGUGGAGGAGGAGGAUGGAAAGUGCCGGAGGACGACUGGAGGCUGGAGUGAGUGGAUGGCUAAGGCGUCCAUGAGGGUGAGUGCUGAGGUAACGUAUGGGAGCCGCAUGAAGAGGAAAAAAAAGAAAACCACGCUAGAGGGAAAGAAUGAGUCACCUGGAGAGAGAGAGAGAGAGAGAGAGAGAGAGAGAGAGAGAGAGAGAGAGAGCAAGGUAAGCAUGGGCUGGAACAGUACGACAGGUCUGGUGAAGGCGGGUACUUUGCUAGCGACAGUACAAACUCGGGCCUGGCGUGCAGGAGACUUGGGCUGUUGCGCCGCACCGACUUGGCAACUAACACUUACACGAUUCCUUCUCUUUUCUGUCACUUUUCCUUUCCCCCUUCACUUUCUUUCCAGGUGUUUAUGGUUAAGUUGUUUUAGAACGUACAAUCUCCUACUCUGUUAUAGAAAAGAGACCCUUCAGUCCCUUCUUUCCCCUCAUUUUCUUCCUCCACACACACACACAUACACCCACACACAUUCUGGCAACGAUGAACAAGACACAACACUGAAGUUCUGGGCGUUCACGAGGGGCGGGUCGCUGCGUCCCUAUCGGUGGCGGCCCCUCGUGUGUCCAACGGCAGCUCUUCGGCCAGCAGGUGUCCCUCAUUUCCAUGGGUUGUCGUAGCAGUUGCUUUCAUUUCCUCCUCCUGCUCCUCCUCGUUGUGAUGAUGAGUUGAUGUCGUGGAGAUGACGGAGGACUCGCGGCCGAAGUGUUCCGUGAGUGUUUAUCUUAAUUUCUUUACAGAUAUGUAACGAUUGAUUGUAGUUAUCUCUUGUAUUGAUAGUAGUUGUUUCUGUGUUGUUUGGAGUAUGGAUAUAGGAGACUUGUGCAGCAUCCAACCGGAGUAGAGUUAAGGAGAGUCGUGCCAGCGUGAUCGCCUUGAUGGAGCCACGUUUGAACACCCGAAGACAAACUUAAACCAUGAAUAAUCCUCGCUAAAAAAAAUCUUUGAAACUUUAACGACCAAGGUGAAGAAAUUAUCACAGUAGGGUAGACGUGGCGCCGCAGUGACCACACGGCGAGCGAAGUUUACCAUUACAAUAACCACCAUUCCGUAAUAUUUUAAUCUAAGCGUCCGCCAUCAACUUGAAACCAACACAAUCAUAAUAGUUAGUGAUGUUACGAAGACACGAAUCUAUAUAUAUAUAUUUUUAGGUCAAUCGUUAUAUAAGUGCAGUCUUAAGUCCAGUUUUUAAGAACUUUAAGAACAUAACAACACACAGUAGCUUUAAGAGAGCGAGAGAGAGAGAGAGAGAGAGAGAGAGAGAGAGAGAGAGAGAGAGAGAGAGAGAGAGAGAGAGAGAGAGAGAGAGAGAGAGAAUCAUAUAGUUUACCUUAAGGACUAUUCCCAUGACACUACCUUAUUAAAACAUCACAUCAGAGCCAUUUUUCAGGAAGCAGACGAGACUUUUUGAAGCGAAGACCUCGGAGUGAGUCGCUAGAGAGAGAGAGAGAGAGAGAGAGAGAGAGAGAGAGAGAGAGAGAGAGAACAGCACAGAGGCUUAAUUUGGGAGACUACUGACUUUGACUAACAUAGGGAAGCAGAGAGUGACAGCUUGGGAUUAUAAAAAAGAAAAACCGGCAAAAAAUGAGACUUGGGUGAUUUGAGGCUAAAAAAAGGUGAUAAUACUAACAAAUGGGGACUCCUGGGGAAGGCCUGGGGACAUAAAAUUGGGACCUGCAGACUUGAGGCUAACUUGGGGACAUGGGGCUUAGAGGCUACUUGGAGAUAUGGGUUUAGAGGCUAUGGUACUGGGCGAUGGAGGCUACGACUUGGACAUGGGUGAAAGACUUAACUGGGAGACUGAGGACAUAGGUGCUUGAGGCUAAUUGGGACAUGGGUGAUGAGGCUAAUUGGGACAUAGGUGAUGAGGCUAGCUUUUGGACAUAGGAGGCGAGGUUUGACAAAGUGAGAGACGAGGACACCAACGGAUGACUGUGAGAGAUUGAGGACAUGGAAGAUGAGGCUAAAACUUUGGACACAGGCGUUGAGGUUAACUAAAUUAGGACAUGGGUUUGAAUUUUUGGACAUAGGUGAAGUUAGACAAAGAAAACGGACACGAAGGGACGACUAGGAAAGACUGGGACAUGGGUGCUAGAGGCUAUAUUAGGACAUGGGCGUUGGGGUUAGCUAAAUUAGGAAUGGGUUUGAAAUUUUGGACAUAGGUGAAGUUAGACAAAAGAGAAACGAACACCAAUUAGGAACAACUAUGAAAGACUUGGACAUGGGUGUUAGAGGCUACAUUAGGACAUGGGUAAAGAGGCUAAAUUUGGACAUAGGUGAAAUUAGACAAAGAGGAACAGGACACCAAGGCACUACUGGGACAGACUGGGAUAUGGGUUCUAGAGGCUAAAAUGGGACAUGGGUGUUGAGGCUAAAUUUGGGACAUGGUGAAGUUGGACAAAAUGGACAUGACACCAAGGGACAACUGGGAAAACCUGAGGAAAUGGGUAGAGGCUAUAUUAGGACAUGGGUUUUAGAGGCUAUAUUAGGACAUGGGUAAAGAGGCUAAAUUUGGGACACAGGUGAAGUUGGACAAAAUGGACAUGACACCAAGGGACAACUGGGAAAACCUGAGGACAUGGGCGUUUGAGGCUACAUUAGGACAUGGGUGCUAGAGGCUAUAUUAGGACAUGGGUGAAGAGGCUAAAUUUGGGACAUAGGUGAAGUUGGACAAAAUGGACAUGACACCAAGGGACAACUGGGAAAACCUGAGGACAUGGGUGCUAGAGGGUAUAUUAGGACAUGGGUGCUAGAGGCUAUAUUAGGACAUGGGUGAAGAGGCUAAAUCUGGGACAUAGGUGAAGUUAGACAAAAGAAAAGGACACCAAUUAGGAACAACUAGGAAAGACUUGGACAUGGGUGAAGAGGCUAAAUCGGGACAUGGGUGAUAGAGGCUAUAUUAGGACAUGGGUGAUGAGGCUAAUGUAGGAAACCAGUGACGAAGAAAAAAUUGGUGAUAGAAGAGUUACUGAGUGAAACAAGAACAAAAAUCACACACAAAAAAAGGACAUGGACGAGAGGCUAGAUCACGGACGAAGCAUAGAUGAGAGACACUGAAACACGGACAACUUAAGGACAUAGACAAUUGAGACUAAAUGACGUACGUUAGUGAUGAUAAAAAAUAAAGAACAUAAAAAAGAAGAUCACGAAAUGUACAAGGACACUGAAAGGACAAAAGGAAGUCAAACACGGACAUUUUACGGACAUUGACGAUACAGAUUAACUUACGUACACUAGUGAUUGAAAAAAAACGGACUUAGAACUUGAUGCUAACAGACAAGACAGGAACACUAAUUAAACACUUUAUCUAAGGACACGGACAACAGACAGUGCUUAAAGGGAACAAAUGACGAAUCUAAAUUACCAACAUAGGUGAUAGAGGCUUAGAAAUGUACAAAUGGUUGACUUGUUACUAAAAAUAGGGUACUAAUUGGUAAUUCUUGACUAAAAUUUGACAGUUUGUGAUAAUAGGUUGGCGUAGGGUAAAUCAGCUAAGGAGAAUGAGGCUAAAUUAGGUACAAAUGGGUAAAAGUGACUGUAAUAGGUUAGAAAAAUGGGAAACUAACUAAAAUAGGGACAAAUUUGGGUUAUAAUGUGAGUGAAGGUGAAAUUUAAAUACUCGUGUUGGUAAGGAAAAGGUUAGUUAAGAAUAGGAACCAGAAAUGUGACAAUAAUAGCUUAGAAAAUAGGGAAAACUAGCUAAUAAUAGGGCCAAUUAGGAUUAUAAGGUGAAGGAAAGUGAAAUUUAAAUACUCGUGUUGGUAAGGAAAGGUUAGUUAAAGAUAAGAAGCAGAUAUGUGACUAUAAUAGCUUAGAAAAUAGGGAAAACUAGCUAAUAAUAGGGCCAAUUAGGAUUAUAAGGUGAAGGAAGGUGAAAUUUUAAAUACUCGUGUUGGUGACGGGAAGGUUAGUUGAGAAUAGGAACCAGAAAUGUGACUAUAAUAGCUUAGAAAAUAGGGAAAACUAGCUAAUAAUGGGGACAAAAUAGGAUUAUAAGGUGAAGGAAGGUGAAAUUUUAAGUACUCUUGUUGGUGAAGGGAAUGUUACUUAAGAAUAGGAACCAGAAAUAGACUAAAAACAUAGGAAUAGGAAAAAAUAGGAAUAGGGUUAGGAAGCAGAGAUAGACAAAGGGAGGAAGAGGAGGAGACGAAAACGAAAGAAAUUGAGAGUCAGUACAAAGGAGAGAAGAAGGAAGUAGACGAUAUGUGAAGGAAAAAGUUAGAAAAUAGGAACAGAAACAGGAAUAGAGUUAGAAAGCAGAAAUAGACAAAGGGAAGCUCAGAAAACGAAACGAUAGAAGUUGAAAGACCGUACCAAGGAGAGUUGAAGGAGGAGAAGGAGGAGGAGGAGACGAUAAGUGAAGUAGGAAGUUAGGAGAAGCGAAGGAGACAAAGACUCGUUGAUGAAAACCUGUCGCUCGAGUGGGAAGAGGCAGAGAAGUAAGGCGUUGAGACAGAGACAAAGGCGGCACAGACAAAGACUUCGUAACGAGUCAGGUGAAGUUAGAUCCAGCGAACAGGACAAAGGACAGAAGAGAGAAAAUAAUCCGUGGGGUGAAAUUAAUAAGAAUAACCAUAAAAAAAACGCAUAUCUAAGUGGGAGGAAACGAAGAUAUGGCCACAAAAAAAGGGGGAUGGUAGGGAGAGGAAAAUAGGAUAAGGGAGUGAGUGAGUGUAAGGAUACCAAUAAUUUUUUAGAAGUAUACGAAUGACAGAAUGGAUUUAAAGGGAUUUUUGGAUGUUAUCUGUCUCACUGCUUCCCGAAAAGGCUCUGAUUUACAAACACACAAACACACACACAUACAUACAAACACGAUUACGCAAUGCCAGUUUCACCAUCAAGUUAAGCACAUCAGUUUCUCUACGAAUUUUCUUUAUAUUAUUAGUUUAUUGGCUCCAGGAAAGGCUCUAAUUCACCAACACAUAAACACACACACAAACACACACACAUACAUGGUUACGCAAUGUCAGUUUCACCAUCAAGUUAAGCACAUCCGUUUCUCUACGAAUUUGCUUUAUAUUAUUAGUUUAUUGGCUCUAGGAAAGGCUCUGAUUCACAAACACACAAACACACACACAAACACACACACAUACACGGUACAGUUUCAACAUCAACUUCAGCACAUCCGAUACCCUACGAAUAAUCUUUUUACUUUGUUUAUUUUUUCCCCUUUUCCGUUUCAAGUCCCCUCAGCCAACAUCUACAUUCCCAAAACUCUCCGGAACCUAUAAUCCCCCUCACAUCCUGCCCGUAAAUCCGACUAGUUGUUUUAUACUCUGCGUUCCUUUAGCUCCCUUUCCGCCCUUCCACCCGCCGAGGGGAUAGGCUAAGUAGGUCGUCUUGUUGUAGGCUGUGACUUGAACGACCUGCACCCUCGGUCUUGCUAGGAACCUUCUCUACACUCUUUAGAAUCCGGGAAGUAUAGAGUUCAGUCGUCUUACACUUUACGAAAUUAACCCAAACAUGAAUCUAGACAGUAAAUCAACCUUUCACGGCGCAACCAAACUUAAGAACUUAAGCAACACCACCACAACACAUGAUAUCAACACCCCAUAGCGCAACACAGCAAGUAGAACAACCAGCAACACCCAAAACACGAAUCUAGCCAAUAGUGAAUGAACCAAACACAACCAAAUUUAUCAACUCAAGAACACUGUUACCAACACAACACACGGUACGAACACCCCAGCACGCAACACAACAGACAGAACAGCAACAACAAGCAACACCCAUACAACACACUCAAUUCAAUAGGUAGUGUAGAACCUUGCCGAUUUAUAUAUAGUUUUCUUUUUGGUUAAGUUUGAAGAAAUAUCUGUACCGUUCUCAAUUUUGUAUGUAGUCAUGUUGAGGAGGAGGAGGAGGAGGAGGAGCAGGAGGAGGAGGAGGAGGAGGGAGGAAGAUAAUGGAAGGAGGUGAAGGGAGUGCGUGUAAAAAAUGGGAACAGACGGUGAGGGUAAAAAAAAAGUAAGAAAAAAGAGAAAAAAUGCAAGCCCUCGACUGUUCCACUUAUUCAUGUUAUUCUUUUUUUUUCUUUCUUUACUAAAAUGUCACGGAAUGUCACGAAUGAAAAAUGAAGUAGAGGGUAACGAUACGCGAGAGAGAGAGAGAGAGAGAGAGAGAGAGAGAGAGAGAGAGAGAGAGAGAGAGAGAAUAUACCAAACUCAACAAAAACACACGGUAACAAAAGCAAUCAAAUGGAAAACAACAACAACAACAACAUCAACAACAACUGCUCCCUUCACCCCCUUACCAUAUCCCCCUCCCCCCUCCUCCCCUUCCUUUAGUUUACCCCCCACCUCCUCCCCCCCAUCCUUGCCCUUUACCCUAAGAUAGCCUUAAAUAGCCUUUGAUAGCCUUUUUAGCUUUAUUGCAGUCCCUCCCACACCUCAGCGCGAGAGAGAGAGAGAGAGAGAGAGAGAGAGAGAGAGAGAGAGAGAGAGAGAGAGAGAGUAAAACAAAGGCACAGGGGGUAAGAAAUGGCGCACUUUUUUCAAUAUAUCAAUCACUUAUUAUUCUCAAAACGUUUACAUUAUUAUACAACUUCAUAUUAUUAUUGUACCUAUUUGUCGGGUUUUGAACGAUACUUAUCAAAUAUACUCUAGUUCUUGUUUUUUGCAUUUUAAACUGUAGAGGCAAAAGCGUUUACAGGUAUAAGUAGCGAAGGGAAGGGAGGAGGAGGCGAAGAGAAAUGAGAAAUGUGAAGUGUAAGGAUUUUUUUUUAUUAACUCGCUGGAAAUGUAUGGCAAUUAUCAACUAUUAUUAUUACUAUCAUCAUUGCUACUACUACUACUACUACUACUACUACUACUACUACCAGAAAGACAUUAUUGUGGAUGAUAGGAGUCACUGUAUUCCAUCAGCCUAUCGUUCAGUCGUUAAUACAAUGAGAAAGAUUCUUCAUUUUAUGUAUAGGAAGAGGGAAGAGGGGAGGGAAGGAGCAUAAGAAGGGAGAGGAGAGGGAAGGAGAGUGAGGCUGAUGAUAGAAGGAAUAAGGAGGGAGAGUGUGUGAGAGAAAGAGAAAGAUAGAGAAUCAGUAUUUAGACAAGGAAGGAAGGAAGGGAAGAUAUUAUAAGAUUAGUCUAUUCCAACUCCAUUUUUAAACUCUCUGAUUCCUUAUAUUCACGUAGCUACACCUAUUCUCAUUACCUGUUAUAGAUUACCUUCACAACCACCACUACCACCACCACUACCACCACCAGCACUCUCAAACUCUCCUGCACUAUCUACCUUGUUUUAGCGUUAAGUCUACGGUAUUGUCAUCCACGUUUGACUAUCGCACGUUCUUCCACCAAUCCAAUUAGCGAUGCCAGUUAAGUAAGUGUUAAGUAAAAGGAAAGGGCCAGUGUUAGUGUUACCGCCUCCACAGGGUUGCUAGAGGUUAGUGAGUGCCUGUGUGAUCUCUAUUCCUGUUCAUCUUAAGGCUUUUUUUUAUUUAUUUUUUUUUUUAUUAGUGUUUUUGUGUGUGGGUGUUUUUCUGACAGUGAAUAGUACAGGGUUUUAUUUUUUCUCUUUUGUUAAGUUCUUGCUGUUCUACUUGAUGAUUUUUUGGUCUUUUUGCUUCCGAUGUCAAAGUGUCUAACUAAACCUUCUUCAUAUUUCAUUUCAACUUUUUUUUCUGCUCAUUCGCCGUUUCGAUCUUCAAUUGUUUUAUCUUUUUUUCCGAUUUUUGAAGUUCUUGCUCUUCUACUUGCUGUUUUUUUCUGCUUUUUUUGCUUCCGAUGUCAAAGUGUAACAAAACCUUCAUAUUUUUUUUUUCACUUUUUUUCCACGGUUCCGAUCUUCCAUUUGUAGUUAUUCCAUUUUCUUCUCUUUUCUAGCAGCAUAAAUAAGUUGCUACUCCGCUAUGAAAGUUUCUACUCAACUAAACCUUCAUGAUUCAUCUUUUCCUUCUGCUCACUCGCCUUUCCGCUCUCCAAUUUGCUAUUCUAUGAUCUACUUUUUCUUCAGUAGCUUAAGAGAAUUGCUGUUGCGCUGGGAACUUACGUAUUUAGCUAAACUUUAUAUCUAUUUCGAGUCUUCUUAUUCUGCUCAAUCGCCUUUUCACUGUCAAAUUCACUGUUCUUUCAUCAUCUGCCCUUUUACAGUAGCAUUAGAAAGUCGUAGUUAUCCUGUGAACCUUUCUAUGUAGCAAAACUUUAUUCCAUUUUAUCUUCCUAUUCUUUUCACUCACGAUUUCUCCCAAUUAUAUGCUGUUUUCUGUAUUUUCUGCUCUUUUUCCAGUAGUAUAAGAAAGUCGUAGUUAUGCUGUGACCAUUUCUAUUUAGCAAAACUUUCUACAUAUUCCAUUUUAUCUUCCUAUUCUUUUCACUCACGAUUUCUCUCAACUAUAUGCUGUUUUCCACAUUUCUGCUCUUUUUUUCCAGUAGCAUAAGACAGUCGUAGUUUGCGCUGUGAACGUUUCUAUAUUGGCUAAACUUUAUACAUAUUCCAUUUCUGCGUAUUCAAUUUCAUUCUACUCAUUCGCCUUGCCACUCUUCUAUUUGUUAUUCUUCCAUCUCCUGCUAUUUUUUCCAGUAGCAUAAGAAAGUGGUAUAUGCGCUGUGAACGUAUCUAUUUUGGCUAAACUUUAUACAUAUUCCAUUUCUGCGUAUUCAAUUUCAUUCUACUCAUUCGCCUUGCCACUCUUCUAUUUGUUAUUCUUCCAUCUCCUGCUAUUUUUUCCAGUAGCAUAAGAAAGUGGUAUAUGCGCUGUGAACGUUUCUAUUUUGGCUAAACUUUAUACAUAUUCCAUUUCUGCGUAUUCAAUUUCAUUCUACUCAUUCGCCUUGCCACUCUUCUAUUUCUUAUUCUUCCAUCUCCUGCUAUUUUUUCCAGUAGCAUAAGAAAGUGGUAUAUGCGCUGUGAACGUUUCAAUUUUGGCUAAACUUUAUACAUAUUCCAUUUCACCCUCUCGUGUUACUUGCAGCCAUUCCAAGCGAGGCGUAGGUGAUUCUUCUUCGCUGUAGUUUCUGAGUGCAUAUUAAAACCAACCUUUCUCUUCAUACAUUCGAAGGACAUGACCCCUUCUGAAUACGUCCAACUACAUCUAAAAAGUUUAUUGUUUCUCCGUCUUAUUUCUCUCUUCACAUUUGAGGUUUACAAUUACUAGUUAGAAGUGAUGAGAAUGUUUGUAGCCUUUCCUUCCUUGUCUAUUACGUGAGUGUGUGUGUGCAUGUGGGAGAGCGAGCGCGCGCGAGAGCUAGAGAGUGGGAGUGUUCGGCACAGCAUCAGCUUGGGGUCAGAGAUGUAAUAUCCGUCCACUGGCGAUGGGGAAGAUAAAAUGCAGCGAAAUGGGAAAAAAUGAAAGCGAGAGGAAAUAAAAACCAGUCGAUUCUAUUAACGAAGCCGGAGGGAACGUGGAGGCAGGAGGGAGAGAGAGAGAGAGGAGGGAGGGAGUCAAGGUGUACGGAGGUGUUGCAGGUAUGGAAAAAAAGAACAGGAAUAUGACGUGUAGUAUUCCAGUAUCAUGUGUAUUGUUAGUUUUUUUGGGUUGUCUUUAUUUUUACUGUUGGGUGAUGUCGAGGAGAUCAACACUUCACUUACUGUAGGCGUUUGGGAAUAGAUGUGGAAGAAGUUAUAGAGAUGGAACUGGAUUUUAAGACGUAAUGUGUAGUUAUAAAUUCCACCUGAUAUCAGUAAGACAGUUUUUAGCGAUUAAGAGGAUAAGACAUGAACUGUACCAUCAACGACAACAACAAUGAUAAUAAAAAUGACGGGAAAAAUAAUAAUAAUGAUGAUAAUAAUAACAAAAUCCACAGUACGAUAAUUGCCAUACAUCAGAAACGAGAGAGACCUGAACAGUACCAGCAACAGCAACAAUGAUUGUGAAAAUGACAACAAAAACGACAAUAAUGAUGAUGAUAAUAAUAAAAAAACAACUGUACGAUAAUUGCCAUACAUCAGAAAAGAAAGAGAAAGGGAGAGAGAGAGAUAGAGAACGGUUUAUGUGUAGGAGCAUGAGGAUAUCUUUUCUCAACCUAGAUACUAAUUUUAAUAAUAAUAUCAAUAAUCUUACUCUCAAUUAUUCAGUAAGUAGUCAUAGUUACUGCAUUAUUAACAACGGCGUUUCUUUAUUAGCCUUAUCGACCUGUACGUGUUCAUAUAUUGCAUUAUUCUUAAGAGUAGAGUUGCCUUUCUUGCAUCGUUUUCUCUCUUGCAUUGAUCAGACUUUCUUGCAUCUUAUAUUCCCUUCCCGCGUCGCUGGUUUGGACAUAGCCUGCCAUGGACUUACCCUUAACGCUUUGCUGUCUUUUAUAUUGAACCUACAACUUAUCUAUCCCCUAUACUACUACUACAACUACUACCCUUCCAUUGAGCCUGCUACCUAUCUUUCUACUAUAACUACUACUUCCACUACUGUCGCCCUCUUUCCAGCUGCAUGAUUCCCCCGCCAACCCAUUCGUCCGGUCUCCUUCUCUUCUCCUCUUAACGCCUUCUCUUUUCCCCUUCUCCUCUAUACAGUUUUGCCAUGUACACGCUGCUCAACUCUUCCCUCUCAAUUGUAUCCAUCUGGCCGUCUGUCUACCUGAGUCAUUAUAGCGAUCUCACCUGUUCUCAUAGUCGUAACCCACCUGAUAACGUAUGCCAGCGCCGCCUAUCCGCCUAUCAUGCCAUGCCAAAGCUUUCCCACCGGUUACAUAUACACACACACACAUACACACGUCCACUAGUACCCAACCAUGUGCUCUGUUAACAAAACCCGCCCUGCUCAACCCACCGAUCAGAUUCUCCUCAUCAUUAGUCCACCCACCCAUCCACCCACCGCCUCUCCACUAGCACGUGUGUAUGCCAAACCCACCUACUCACCUAUACAUACCUGCCGGACGAACACACAAACAUACACACAAACAGACAUACCUAACACCAGCCAUUUUUUCUCCCUUCUCGUGUUUCCAUUUUUUCUCUCGAUGCGUAGAUUUCAUAGGCGCCUUUGGCCACUUAUUGCACGUCUUUAUCAAUGUACUUUUAAGCUUUGUUAUUAUGAUGAUAUUUCUUUCGUGCUCGUAAUCUAAAAUGGUGCCCAAGUUAACUACAUAAUUGUUAUCAACGUAUACAUAAUAUUAGCCGAUGUAUAGAAGAUUUUUGCUGUUUACGUAGGAUAAGUAUUUUUGACCUCCUUUCUAAUCAGUCUAACGUAUCAAGGAUGUAUUUGUUAUUAUGCAUCGACGUAGUUUUUACAUUUCUAUCUCUAUAUUGCAUUUGAUUCGCUUCACGAGUGUGCCGGCUUACCUGCGUCCCCCCUGUGCCGGUUUGAGAGAACAGGUGUUGUGUGUGUGUGUGGGCGUGUGUCUGCAGAGAACAAGGGAGGGGUCGCUGAGAGCCUGUUUGUGUGUCUAGUUUAAACCUUUUCCGUAUACGUAGAAUUACCAUGUUUUUUUGCCUUGCUACUCUUUACGUUAAUCUUACAUCCGGAUACCAUACUCGUUUGUCGGUGUGCUCAGAUAUUCAUCAAAUCUUGAGUCCAGUACGUAAUGUAAGCUAGAGACGGCUGUGUAGUGCGCCAGAUCGUGCGGUGGACCCAGUGUGAUCCCCGCACCGACACUGUGUGAAUGGAUGUGCGUCUGAGUGUUAGGAUGUUAGCCACACUUGCGUUCACGAGGACACUAUACCAGCGUUGCCAAAUAAUCGUACACACCGUAUUGCAUUUUCGUAUUUUCUGACUGAUAUCUAAAGCAAAACAAACAAACAAACAUCAAUAAAUAACAGUUUUAACUCUAACUUUAAUAUUCUUUCGUUAUUUGUGUAGGUACGAGAGUUUGAGGCUAAAAAAUGGUAAAUACAAUGUGGUGAAUACGAUAAUCUGGCAACACUGCACUAUACCGGCUUGGAGGCGCCUCAGGAGGACACACGCGCCACCCAUCGCUAGGAAUGCACUGCUUCUUCCGCUUCUCCAAUAGUGCAAGACUCAGCGAACCUCUGCCUGGCCUGUCCCACCAUAGAAAGGCAGUGACAAGAACGGUCCGGGCACAGUCAACACCCAUGGCGCGGCGCUCCUGGACGGGCAGCGCGGCAACCCGGGGUCGUUCGCGGCUACCUGGGUCUUGCCGCGCCUGCCUCGCCGACCGCCGCGCCAUGCCCCCGCCUAGUCAAGUGAGCGUCUGCGUGCCUCCCAGCCCCGCGCCUCACUCCGUCCGGACCACUGAGGGGCUGGCAGGCACCCACACCUCACGACUCUUACUUCGACUAUCAAAAAACAGCGAGGAAAAAUGUAAAAAAAAAAAAAAUGUUUGUCUGAGAUGGCUGGGCGUGCCUAUAGGCUUAGGAUAAUGCAAGCUGUGAAGAACUUAUGAAUUAGGUAGCGUGUCAUGUUAUCGUUUAGCGGCAACACAUGACUCUCAACCGUGUGUAGUGAGGCUACAGGUUACUAGAGGCUACGCGAGGGAUCCCACACGUGACCUCUCGGCGGGGGAAGACGAGCAGAAAGAGAAAACAUCGGGAUAUAUAUUAGAACAGAAAUGAGGAUAAUCGUUGAGGAGAAAAUCUGAUAAUUCAUGAUAUGAUCGUUUCCAAAGUUGAGGCUACUCCACUAUCAACCAAUUACUGACGAGGCUAACAACCCUAGUAUUACCAAGGCCCGGCGGGGCGCGGGACGGGGAGGACGGCGCGUGACGGCUAAACGACAGGAUAAUGACGGAGGCAUCGGGCUCUCUUUGUCUAGGAAAAGUUGCUGCUAAAACAUAAAACCAGAUUUCUCUCAACACACGGAUAAGGAAAAGGUCGAAAAAAUGAACGAAUUAUAGAUAUUAUGAGAGGUUAGUUAACGAUGAUGAUAAUAAUGACGACGAUGACGAUGAUAUGAUGAUGAUGACCGUAACGAUGAUGACGGCGAGGGUGAUGGUGAGGGUGGCGGCGGGCGCGGCGCGGCGUGGGAGUUGCCCAGUACAAAGCGUGUGUGUAGCGUGGCCCAGGCGGCGGGCGGCACAGGCUGCCGCCCGCCGCCUGGGCCACGCGUUCACUAGUUUUAGCCUUGCAGGUAGCGUUAGGGAACCAUAGUCGCUUUAGGUGCCUAGCUGAUCAGUGCAGGGGAGAGUGCAGCGCCCCGUGGCCCCGGGGGUCGGUCCUACAGGCGUGGCAGCCCCGGGGCCGGACCGAUCCCCCCCGGCACGCGGCGCUGAGGCUCCAUCCAGUUGGUCUUGUUUGGUAUCUUGAUUUCAAGAAAUUUUUAAGUAGUUUUUUUUUUUUCAAUAGCUUUGCAGCUAGUUUGUUUGCUCACACCUCCAUUGAUUACAUACAUUUUUUUUUUUUGCUUUAUUCUCCGUUGCACAAUAUGAUCACAAACUUUAAAAUACGUAUGGCUAUAGGAUAACGUUAACACACACACACACACACACACACACACACACCCUAGAUAGUUUUUAGCAUUAAUUUAGGCUGCGAUGAAACACCUGGGCUGUGGUGGGGACGUUGGUGCUGCUUUCAGACCCUUGGCGAGCAGGCGAGGGCGGGCGGGAGGCGAGAUAAGCGAGGAUGACGAAAGAGGAAGAGCGAGAGCGAGUGGCGGAACAAAUGUUGACUCGAUGAUGCGAAAAAGAGGAAAUGAGAGGCAUGCAAGAUAAACCAGAAAAACUAAAAAAAAAAAAGUUAAGGGUUGAAAGUUUCGGUUUGUGGGUGAUGUGACGGCAGGAUUUUGUUUACUUUUGGUAGUGAGUGUAAUAGGGAAAGUCCAACACCACGAAGGAGAUGAAUGCUGAAAGUGUAUUGUGUUAGGGGUGACUGAGGGCUUGUGGAGUGAGAGAUAUUGAUGGAUUGGAUGAUAUGGAUGUUAAGUGAUGGUAUGGUGGAGUGAUGUGAUGUGGUGUGUGGUGUGGUGUGGCCAGGUAAGUGGCAUGAGUGGUGGUGUGUGGUAUGGCCGUGGCAGUGGUAAUAGACAGAGCAGUGGUUGUUAGAGGUCGUGGCAGUGGUAUCAAUAAGUGGUUGAAGAAGUGGAAGUAUUGUGAGUGUUAGUGUUAGUGUGUGGAAGCUGUAGUAAGUGGGAGUGUUAGUGGUAUGUGUGGAUAUGUUAGUAGUAUGAAUCAGGGCAUGUAAGUAGUAGUAUCUGGACGGGGCAGUGGUAGUAGUGUCGUCAAGGCUAUGGUAGUAUGAUUAAGCAUGUUGCAAGGAAGUAGAAGGGAGUGCGAGGGAAAGAGAGGGGGGUGCUAGAAGGGGGUUGGAGGUAAUACUUGCAACCCACACCAAGGGUAAUCAUCACCAGCUGGAAGCAUUGUCAGUCAUAUAUUAGCAGUAGCAGAAGGAGAAGGAUUACAAAGGGAGGAGGAAGGUAGUUUUAAGUAGGUCAGUAAGUCAGACAGCGAGACAGACUUGAAGAUGGUGGGCUGGGAAGGGAGGAGAGAGUUAGAGGAGGAGAAGGUGAGUGAGGUGAAAUGUAGAGGAGGGGGAAGGAGAGAGUAGGAGGGGACGGAGGUGCUGUCGUAGGAAGAAAGGGGAGAUGGAGGGUGGGGGAGGGGAGGAGAGGGUAAGAGCAGGAGGAGGAGAAGGAGGGUGGGGUGUAACGAGGAGGAUGAAGUAGAAAUAGAAAGGUGUGUGUGCUAGGGAGGAAAGGGUGAACAAGGGGCAGGAAGAGCAGGGAGAGAGGAAAGGAAGGAGAGAGAGCUAUAGAUUCACGGGGGAUUGUAGUAGCAGAGAGUAAAAGGGGAAGGAGGUGGGAUUGUCGUAGGAAGGAAAGGGAAAACAGGGAAGGAGGAAGGAAAGGAGAGAGCUGUAGAGUCGAGGGGGAUUGUAGUAGCAAAGAGUAAAAGGGGAAGGAGGUGGGAUUGUCGUAGGAAGGAAAGGGAGAACAGGGAAGGAGGAAGGACAGAAGAGAGCUGUAGAGUUAAAGGGGAUUAUGACAGCAGAGAGGAAGGAGAUGAAGGAGGAGAGUCAUAGGGAGGAAAGGGUGGACAGGGCCAGGAAGAACAGGGAAGGAGGAGGGAAAGGAGAGAGCUGUAGAGUCAAUUGGGAUUAAGAUAGCAGAGUAAAAGAGGAAGGAGGUGAGAAUCGUAUUGAGGAAAAGGAGAACAGGGAAGGAGGAAGGAAAGAAGUAAGGGCUGUACAGUAAAAGUAGACGGUAGUUGUGGACGUUAUUUCGGGCUGUGCUGUUCCUACCAGUACAAAUAUGUGAUACAUCAUUCGUUCUCGACAAGGGAACAUCUGGGCAAAGGAAUGACGUCACUCGGUUGUAAGAAUCAAACAAAUUUCAAACCAAAACAACUCCAGAAAAAAAGAUAAAGCGGUACAAAAAGUUUCAAAGGAAUGCAAAAUGCUUAAAAAACCGCUAAAGAUCAAAUUUAAAAUAGUCCAAGUGACGUCAUCAUCAUUCCCAAAGGCCGCGGCGACGGGACUGACUCUUCAGGACUCGGCGCAUCUCACGGACCAAUCGCAGCGCACCUUGCCACUGACGUCACGGAAAGAGUCGCGCCUGGUCGGUCCGUGAGAGCCCCUGGUGUCUUGGCGGGCCCGUCCCUUCGUCGCGUUCUUUGGCCGACAUUCUCCGCUUCGGCAAACAUGUGAUAUCUUCAGCGUGACUCCAUUCGUAGGCUAAGUGAGGGAAGGAGGCGACCACAUGUACAAACAAUGUGUGAGGGAGGCAGAGGAGACAAAAGGAGAGUAGACGAUAUAAACUUAAGAUAUAAAUAACAGCUUAUCCCUUUAGAACACCUAAAUUUGAGACUAAAACAAAGCGAACUCAAACAUAAAUCGGCUGUCAUACUUUUUUGAGGCUAGUGAUAUUAGAACGAGCGACUCUAUCCAGGCAGACUAUUAUAAAAACCAACUUGGGAUAAUACGUUAUUUUCAAACAUUCAACAAAGCUGUUACCAUUACGACCAAUACUUUUAGGACUCCGUAGGUUAGAUCCUUAAUGUUACGACUACACAAAGGAGAUGGGAGAGGAUACAUAGGAUUAAGAUAGGAUGUAGAGAACGAGGAAGAUGAAGGAAGGAAAGAAAGGCAGAAACAGGGGAAAGAAAACAUCGAUAAAAACAGAAACGGGAUGAAAUAUGAAAAACAAAACAGAAACAGUGAAAAAGAAAACGAGAGAACAAAAAAACGGUGACGGAAAAAGAAAAGAGCGAAGACAAAAAACACAAAAUGCAAAAAAAAUAAAA